UGAACUUUCCCCAUUAUUUACACCUCCAAGAUAACACUGAUUGGUUGAGACUGGGGGAGUUCCAGGCGUUGAUUGGCUAAGCAAUUUACUUCGUCCUCGCUGAUUGGUUAGGUCGAUUCAUUGAUAGCUUUCUACUCUCGCCUCUUCUGACCAAGGACGUUCUUGUUCUGACUAAAACUUGGCCUGCCUUUUGACAGUAAACCAUGUUUCAUGUCACCUAUUAGAAACCUUGCUGCCACAGCUAUUUUCUUCUUUUAAAAAGAUGUCUGCAUUAUUCUUGAAACAUUUCGAGGAGGAGGAGGAUCAAAUGACAGCAAGGAGGUGAGAAUCUCCCGGUGAGAGGUCGCUUGUCACUGAACCGGGACGGACGGACAGAUUUUUGGCGGGAAAAUACAGCACGAAUUUCAGACGACAUAAAAAGCCAGCAGUUAUUUUCACCACGCUGUCGUCUGCUCGAAGGUUUGCUGACAGAAAAAAGGUUCCUGACGGCCCAAAUAAUAUUUUCCUGACCAGAAGACGUCCGUUGACAAUCAGAGGAAGAGUCGUCUGCAAGAUUGUCGGGUGAGAAGUUCGCGCCGCACCGUAGGCGUGACUGACAACUUCCAGGAAUCAGUACACAAACAAUGUCGCUCACGAACAGCCUGUGUGGCCAGCGUUUGCUACUGGCACUCCUUCCCUUUGGCCCUGUCGCUGUGUAUAUCUAAACUCCGGUGGGGAAAAACGUAUGUACUCUCAGUCAAGAUGAAACGGGGAGAUAAUGUAGAGAUGGGGCCCAUCAAAUGUACCAACUCCAGCGGGGACUUCGCGGCGGGGCGGGCGCGGUCUAACACCGACCGAGAACGACCCCAGCCCGAUCCCAGCUCGCGGGCCAGCGUCUCGGCCGCUUCUCAAGCUCCCUUCGGCGAGGAUGGAGACAGAGGUGACAGGGACCGACAUGUGCACACGCACAUCCGUAUGAAGUACAGCAACUUGUACCCAAACAAACCCGUGGUCAGGACUAGCUUCCAGGGAAAGGUCUACAAUUUCCUGGAAAGACCAACAGGCUGGAAGUGCUUCGUCUACCAUUUCACCGUGUUUGUGAUGGUGCUAGUCUGCCUCAUCUUCAGUGUUCUUUCUACAAUAGACAGCUACACAGUCCUGGCAAACGCGACGCUCUUUUGGAUGGAAAUAUUUCUGGUGGUGUUCUUUGGUCUGGAGUACAUCGUGCGACUGUGGUCGGCAGGCUGUCGCAGCAAGUAUGUGGGCAUCCGCGGACGCUUCCGAUUCGCCAGGAAACCUAUCUCUAUCAUCGACCUGAUUGUAGUGGUGGCUUCUAUCAUAGUGCUGUGUGUGGGGUCCAAUGGACAAGUGUUCGCAACCUCAGCCAUCAGGGGAAUCCGUUUCCUCCAGAUCCUGCGGAUGUUACAUGUGGACAGGCAGGGUGGAACGUGGCGACUCCUGGGCUCUGUGGUCUUCAUACACAGACAGGAACUGAUCACGACGUUAUACAUCGGGUUCCUGGGCCUGAUCUUCUCCUCCUACUUCGUGUACCUGGCUGAGAAGGAUGAAGUGGAUGAGAACGGGGAAACGGACUUCAAGAGCUACGCUGACGCACUCUGGUGGGGGGUGAUUACAGUAACAACCAUUGGGUAUGGAGACAAGACACCGCACACGUGGAUCGGCAAGCUGAUUGCGUCGUGCUUCUCUGUGUUCGCCAUAUCGUUCUUCGCUCUUCCUGCAGGUAUCCUGGGAUCAGGCUUUGCGCUGAAGGUCCAACAGAAACAGAGACAGAAACAUUUCAACAGACAGAUACCAGCAGCAGCUACUCUCAUCCAGUGCCUGUGGCGUUGCUACUGUGCGGAGCCAGGAUUUGACUCGGAGGCUACGUGGAACAUCCACCUUCGCCAGUUCCAGCAGAACAGAGCCAACCAGACCAGCUCUCGGGUCGGCCUCAACAAAAAGCCAUCACUCCUGAAGAGGAUCACAUCCAGGACUAAGUUUGACUUCCAGCAAUCCAUCCUGAACAACAUCCUGUCCAAUGCAGUGACUGAGACAGAGCAGAAGUCCAACAGUACGGAACAGAAACAAGACACGAGCGAGGGAGCGCCCGCACCCGGAGGUAACAUUGUGGACUACAGCGAGUCUCCCAGGCCUGGUACAUUGUACAUUGGUGGGUCUCCUAGCUGCGACCGGCGCGGCCCUAGUGAUCUGGUCGGUGUGCGUAGACGACACAGCUCCGACACCUCAAACUCCGUCACAUUUCACUUCAUGCCGUCCGUAGACGACAAUCCAGACGAAUCUGGAGAAAAAAUUUUUGAUGGCUACGCCUGCCUCUCUGAUAGCCAAUUUGAAGGUCUUGACUAUAUUGACCAACACCCGCAACCAAUCUCAGAGUUGUCAGAGCAGCACAAGAUAGCGAUACGAGUCAUCAGAAGGAUUAGAUACUUCGUAGCUAGGAGGAAAUUUCAGCAAGCUCGGAAACCUUACGACGUUCGAGACGUUAUUGAGCAAUAUUCCCAGGGACAUGUCAACAUGAUGGUGCGCAUCAAGGAACUCCAGAGAAGGCUGGAUCAGACGUUAGGGAAACCAGGGGCAUAUCUAACAGGUCGAGAGCAGGGUCUGGACCGCUCCAAACUCACCAUAGUGGCCAGGUUAUCCAGGGUGGAGGAACAGGUGGCAACCAUGGACGAGAAGCUAGACUCCGCUCUGGACCUCUUACACGUGAUCGCCAGGCGCGUACAGACGCACAGGCCGUGUCUACUCACAAACAACCCCGACUCCAUCGAAGAGGAAGUCUAACACACGCUACAGUUUCCUUUCAUUCCUUAUGUUCGUACCUGCUGAGGUAACCACACACUUAAGUAUUACAGGUUCCUCAAGCAAGGCUGUAUCUAAAGGAGGUAAGAACUCUUAAGGUUCUUAAAGUCAAAGCAGUCCUCCUGACGUCUUCAACUCUGUAAAGACUUAAAACGUCUUCCCAUUAAAGAGGCAAAAAAAGUUGCUAGUCUUCUAUGGACCUAAAUAUGAGGUUGCUAUUGUCUUCUUGUAGGAUAUACUAGAUAAAGAGUGAGGAGGAGCCAAAAUUAGGCAUGGGAAUCGAACCCAGGACUCCUGGUUUUAGUGUUCUGGAAGCUGCUGUCAAAAGGAGACGAAACAGGGUUUAGAGAACAGUGGAUACAAAUGAUGUUGAUUAUAGAAAGUAUUAAUCAUACAGAAAUUAGAUGGUCUUAGAAGAAUGAUGUUUUUCCAUGCGCACGUGCAAAGUAUAGUUCAUGUGAGGUCAAAUCGUAAAACUCAGGAGGAGUUUAAAAUGACUGAGUGUAGUUACAGCUGGCUGUAACAUACUAGCUUGUGGAAUAUGU